UAUUACCAUUAAGAAGGCAAACUGAAAAUAAAUAAAUAAAUAAAAUCAAUAAUAGAUAAAUGGCAACAAGAUUUUAGAUAUCGUACGAAGAAAAAAAUUGAUUUAAAAUAUUAAGUAAUUUUUUUUUUGUUUGUUGUUUGUUUGUUUGUAGUCUUGCAAAAAAUAUUUUAUAAAAAUUAUUAUAAAAUCCUUAUAGUGGCAAUGAAAGAUUCAGUAACAAUUUUACGACCCGCUUUAACAACCGCCACAACAGCUAUAGAUGAACAUAAGAAAAUGUCAAAUAUGAAACCAAAUCGUUCGCGUUUUAUGAUUAAUGAUAUCUUGGCGGGCAGUGCGGCGGCUGCUGCUGCUGUAGAAGCGGCCAAUGCAGCGGCAGUUUUCUAUAAACAACAACAACAACAGCAACAACAACAACAACAGCAACAACAACAACAGCAAUCGCAAAAUAGCAAUAAUAACAACGGUGAUUCAAAUCAAGCGUCAUCAUCAUCAUUCACAUCACCAGCACAACCAGCAUCCGAAUCAUCAUCAUCAACAUCAUCAUCAUCAUCAUCAUCAUCAUAAUCAUCAAAUCAUCACCAGCAGCAACAUCAGCCGCCACCAAUAGCUCAACAUUCCGUCGGAACACCAUCGGCUACGGUACCGGGUAUACAUCCGCAUCCACCUGCUACACAUAAAAUGCAUUUUCCCGUCGGUGCUACGCAAAUCGGUUCAAAUGGCCUAAACGUGGCUCAAUAUGCAGCCGCCAUGCAACAACAUUACGCAAAUGCGGCCAAUGCAGCACGAGCCGCGGCCGCUGCUGUAGCGGCUGACCGUAGUCAUACCGGCGAACUGGAUGAUAGCAGCGAUUAUCAGGAUAAUGAAGAUUGCGAUAGUGAUAAUGGUAGCGGCGGUGGUGGUGGUGGUGGUGGUCAUCUGGAUGACAAUAGCGUUUGUAGUAAUGGUGCCAAAGAUGAUGAUGGUAACAGUAUUAAAAGCGGCUCGACCAAUGACAUGAGUAGUCUUAGUAAAAAGCAACGUAAAGCGCGCACCGCCUUCACGGAUCAUCAAUUGCAAACGUUGGAGAAAUCAUUUGAACGGCAAAAAUAUUUGAGUGUCCAAGAGCGUCAAGAGUUGGCACACAAAUUGGAUUUGAGCGAUUGUCAAGUUAAAACUUGGUAUCAGAACAGACGAACCAAGUGGAAACGUCAAACCGCAGUGGGCUUAGAAUUAUUGGCAGAAGCGGGUAAUUUUGCUGCUUUUCAACGUUUGUACGGCGGCUCUCCUUAUUUGGGAGCUUGGCCAUAUCCAGGAGCUCAAACGGCACACGGUGGUCCUCCACCUUCUUCAAUAGAUCUUUACUAUAGGCAAGCAGCUGCUGCAGCUGCUAUGCAAAAACCUUUACCCUAUAGUCUCUAUGCAGGAGUGCCGAACAUGUCGCAUUUGGCCGGUUUACCUGUAGCGGCGGCGGCUACACCGUUUUCACAUCUCUCAGCGUCCAGUUCAUUAUCAUCGCUAAGUAGUUAUUAUCAAACGGCUGCGGUAGGUCAGGCGCCAAAUGUAACACCACCUGCCAGUAACGGAGCAUCGAUGCCGCCUUUGGGUGUUAUUAAACCAAUAUCUACUACACCGUCUCCUACACCAUUAGCUGAAUCUUCACCCACGCGAACUGCCGAUACUCGGUCACCCAGUCCAACUUUAAAUCCUGGCAGCCCGCCUGGUCGCUCGGUAGAUAGUUCGUCGCAAGCUCACUCUGAUGAUGAUGAUCAUAUACAAGUUUAA